AUGGAACCCAAAUUCUUGAUUUCACCGUAUAAAGCCCCACCGUCGGUUUGCGCUCUCCCGUUUUUCCUCUCGUGCAAUUCAUCCCUGCUUCGAAAGCCCAAGCCAUGUUCUGAUAUCCGCGUAUCUGUUUCAUCCAACAACCUGAAAAAGUCGGCAUUUUUGGGACAAAAUAUAGUAUUUCCAAAAAAUAAUGAAUUGCCCACAAAUUUCAGCACCCGUUUUCCGGUGACAAUAGCCGGCGCCGUGAAACGGAGGAAAGAGCUCCCCUUUGACAACGUUAUCGAAAGGGACAAGAAGCUGAAGGUGGCCCUCAAAAUCCGGAAAAUCCUCAUGAGCCAACCGGAUCGAGUCAUGGCCCUCCGCGAACUGGGCCGUUUCAGAAAAGCCCUCGGGCUGCACAAGCGGCGCCGUUUCAUAGCCCUCCUCAAAAAAUUCCCUGCCGUGUUUGAGGUCGUGGAGGAAGGCGCCUACUCCCUCAAGUUCAAACUCACUCCAGAGGCCGAAAGGCUUUACCUCGAGGAGUUGAAGCUCAGGAACGAGAUGGAGGACUUAUUGGUCAUUAAGCUCAGGAAACUCUUGAUGAUGUCUAUCGACAAGCGUAUUCUCCUGGAGAAAAUCGCGCACUUGAAGGCCGAUUUAGGCCUUCCCACCGAGUUUCGUAACACAAUCUGCCACCGCUACCCUCAGUACUUUCGAAUUGUCCCGACAGGCCGAGGUCAGGCCCUUGAGCUGACUCACUGGGACCCAGAUUUAGCAGUUUCGGCUGCCGAGCUUGCGGAAGAGGAGAAUAGACAGCGUGAAUUGGACGAGAAGGAUUUGAUUAUUGAUAGGAGGCCAAAAUUUAAUCGAGUCAAGCUUCCAAAGGGGCUCAACCUCUCGAAAGGCGAGAUGAGAAGGAUCGAGCAGUUCAGAGACAUUCCUUACAUUUCUCCUUAUUCGGACUUCUCAGAGUUGAAGGCAGGCACUCGUGAGAAGGAGAAGCACGCGUGUGGGGUUGUACACGAGAUUCUGAGUCUGACGGCCGAGAAGAGAACGCUCGUGGAUCACUUGACCCAUUUUCGGGAGGAGUUCAGAUUCUCUCAGCAGCUGAGGGGAAUGCUGAUAAGGCAUCCGGAUAUGUUUUAUGUCUCGCUCAAGGGAGACAGGGACUCGGUUUUUCUUCGGGAGGCGUACAGGGACUCGCAGUUGGUUGAGAAGGACAAGAUGCUGCUUGUGAAGGAGAAGUUCCGGGUGCUCGUGGAUGUGCCGAGGCGUGGCAGGCGGCGGGGCAGUGAGGGAAGUGGAGAGGAUGAGAAUGAGGGUGAUUCUGACGAGGAUGUUAAUGAGUGGUCGGAUAUUGAAGAUUUAGAAAGUGGUGAGUUUGAUGAUGAUGGGAAUGGGGAUGAAUGGAGUGAUGAUGAUGAUGAUGAUGUGCCUCCAGAUUUUAAUGAGGAGGAAUACGAUGGUUUACGAGUUGGGAAGAUUGGCAAGGAUGUUAAUGGGUCUAGCAAGAAUCAGGAUAAAAAGGUUCUUCUUCCCGUUUUUCCGGACGGGCGGCCUAGAGAACGCUGGUAG